UCACACUCACGCGGAAGCCUCAAAUCGAAGGAGGAAGCCUCAAAAGCCAGGCUUCGCCCAUGCCCGGUGGCGGCAAUCCUCUGGCCCCGUUCCUCGUCGCUUCCCUGAAGCGUGCGGCGCGUCUCCGCUGCGGCGAGCAGCUGCACGCGCUCGCUGCCAAGUCGGGCCUCCUCGCCUGCAACGCCUUCGUUCGCAACUCUGUCCUCUCCUUCUACUCCCGCCUUCCAUCCUCCCUCGCCAGCGCCCUCCAGCUGUUCGACGAAACACCCGCGCCGCUCCGCGACACCGCCGCGCGCAACAGCGUCCUCGCCGCGCUGACUCGUGCGGGCCAUCUCGACCGCGCGCAGCGCCUGCUCGAUGAGAUGCCACGUGUCCACAGGGACGCCGUCUCGUACACCACCCUGGUUACCGCGCUCGCUCGCGCGGGGCACGCGGGGCGCGCCGUGGCCGUGUUCCGCGGCAUGCUCUCCGAGAAUGUUGUUCCCAACGAGGUGACUCUCGCCGGUGCGAUCAUGGCGUUUGCUCGCUGUGGGGCACCGGCGACUGUGGGGAUGAUCCAUGGUUUCGCUCUGAAGCGGGCGCUGGAUGGGUUCGUCAUUGUAGCCACCAACCUGGUUCAUGCCUAUGCAGGGGUGUUAGAGCUUUAUUCUGCCCGGGCCAUGUUUGAUGGGAUGACGCAUAGGAACGCAGUCACUUGGAAUGCAAUGCUCAAUGGAUAUGUGAAGGCAGAGAUGAUAGACAUGGCUGCAGAGGUGUUCUGGAGGAUCCCAGAGCGAGAUGAGGUAUCUUGGUUGACAUUGAUUGAUGGAUAUAUCUGUGCAGAUCUCAUAUCAGACGCAAUGAAGGCGUAUGUUCAAAUGGUGGGUGAAGUCGGUGCAAACGACCACGAGGUAUUGCUUGUUGAUUUGAUGAAGGCGUGUGCUCGGUACUCUGCUAUUACAGAAGGCCAACAACUGCAUACAGUUAUUCUGAAGAAUGGUUUUGAUGCCCAUGCAUUUGUGCAAGCGACCCUGGUCCAUUUCUAUGGGUGUUGCGGUCUUAUUGGCCUUGCCCAGAUGGCAUUCAAAUUGUCAGACAAGUCACACACAGCAUCAUGGAACGCUCUUUUGGCUGCUCUUCUGAGGAAGGGCCUAAUUCAUGAAGCAAGGGAGCUGUUUGAUGAUAUGCCUGAAAGGGACACUGUUUCUUGGAGUACAAUGAUUUCUGGGUAUGUGCAGACUGGACGUUCAGACAUGGCUUUGGAGCUAUUCUAUUCCAUGUUGAAUACGAGUGUUGAACCAAAUGAGGUCACAUUGGCCAGUGCUCUAUCUGCAAUUGCUGAUUCUGGCACAUUGGACCAAGGUAAAUGGAUCCAUGACCAUAUAAUGAACAGACCAAUCCAGCUUACUGAUAACCUGAGUGCUGGGUUGAUAGAUAUGUAUGCCAAGCGUGGCAGUGUUGCUGAUGCAGUGCAGUUUUUCAAUUGCGCCAGUGAUAAGUUCUCUUCCGUUUCACCAUGGAAUGCUAUGAUUUGUAGUUUAGCCAUCCAUGGUUAUGCACAUAUGUCACUUGACCUAUUUUCACAAUUACAGAGGACCAGUAUUAAGCCCAAUUCAAUCACAUUCAUAGGUGUUUUAAGUGCGUGCUGUCAUACUGGGAUGGUAGCCAAAGGAAAAUAUUACUUCGAGGCCAUGACGAGGGAAUAUGGGAUCCAGCCAACAAUUAAGCACUAUGGUUGCAUGGUUGAUCUCCUUGGUCGAGCUGGGUACUUGGAAGAGGCUGAACAACUUGUUUCAAUGAUGCCCAUGAAAGCAGAUGUUGUAAUUUGGGGCAGCAUCCUUUCAGCAGCAAGGGCACAAGGAAAUAUCGCAUUAGGAGAGAAAGCUGCUGAAGAAUUAGCAAAGCUCGACCAAACCCAUGGCGCAUCCAAAGUAGCUUUGUCUAACAUUUAUGCUGAUGCUGGUCACUGGACCAAUGUUUCAGUUGUGAGGAAGGAACUCCAGGAUGAAAAUUUUGAGAGACUAGUUGGAAGAAGUGGCAUUGUACAGUAAUAGGAUAAAUCUUUUCUCAGUCAGCUCUAAGUGGCAAGUGAUGGUGACAAACAAUUUCUUUCUUUAUUCUAUUUUCUGAAGAUGCUGUGACCAUUGUUUUCUCUUGAAACAAAAGCAGGUGUGAACAUGAUAUGGUAACUGAAAUAUAGUUUUUUUGUGUGUGUUGUUCUUCAUUCAUAUAUGAUGGAUGGAGAUAUUGAUAUUUCCUUAUGCACCAGAAGUUCUCUACUGCAGAACAGAGCUGUGCUGUUUCGGUGGAGCUAAGAUCUAUCCGUGCCAGAUGGGUGCCAGAUUUACCCGUGCAGAUUCACAGGUGUUCCUUGUUUCGAAAUCGAAGUGCAAAUGCUACUUGCACAACUGCCUGAAGCCAGCCAAGCUCUCAUGGACAGCCAUGUACAUGAAGCAGCACAAGAGGAUGCUGAAGCUAUAAAGAAGAGGCGCCGCACCACCAAGAAACUUACUCCAGGUCAAUUAUUGCUUUAUCCAUCACCAGAUCUAAUGACUGGUGCUGCGAGCCUUGCAAAAGAAUUUUUUAUGUACCCAAUGAGGACAACCAACUAUUGCACUGGUCACAUGCACUCAAGUCUAACUUCAGCCCUUAUAAAAAAAGGUCUAACUUCAGCCUUGGACUACGAUGGCAUAACAUCACUCUUACCUUGCACACAAGUAGAAUUUGAGUUUGGGGGUUCCAUGUUUGUUGUUUCUUACUGAAAAUGUAAAGACACAUGAAGUAUUGUAGUCUUGUUGUAACAUUGCUGUUAAAGUCAAACAUUUAGACUGAAAGCCACCCUUGUUUCUGUUUAGAUUCCAUACAUGGAUGGAGCGGUGGAGGCCCCUUGGUUUGACGGUUGCUCCUUCAUCUUCUUCCCAAUGCGGCAAUGCCUAUCGCUGCACCUGGCGCGUAGAGGGACCCCAUUUGAGUGCGGCAGCUCUGUUUUGGGUGGAUCGUCAUUUUGUGCAAUAAUAUUGCUUCUGUAGCAGAUGGCAUGGAGCAUGGUCAUGGUCCUCAUUGUCGUGUUUAUAACAUUAGUAGCAGUAGCGUGAUGUAGCAGCUGGGUACCCAUUGCAUCUUUUCUUUUCUUCAGUCGUGUAAUCAAUCAAUUAAGCAUGCGACGACAGACUUGUGUUGUGUGUUCGUUCUCGGUUGGCUGCAGGUUGGCUUGCUCUGCUGCUGGCAACGGGUCAGAUAUUGUUGUAAAUGAACUAUCACCUCCUCUAUUUGUUUCAUGUGUUAUGGGUGCCUAAUUGUUUUAGCCCAUCGACCAUCUGUAAACAACAGCAUGUAUCGUGAAAUUCGACCGUCUCCUUUUUUCUGCAA